CCGUCCGUUGCUGAGCUCUCUCCCCCGGCGGCUCCUCGGACAUGGCGGCUCUGCCGGCGCAGCUCCGGUCCAUCCAGCACCACCUGCGGACCGCGCAGGAGCACGAGAGGCGGGACCCGGUCGUCGCUUACUACUCACUUUCGGCUCUUUGAAGACUCGUCCUUCACUCAUGCUGUCAUCAAUCAGAAAGCUGAGUUUUUAGCUCCUUCUCAUCAUGACUACACAGGGGGUCGGCUCUACGCGAUGCAGACGGGCAUGAAGCUGGACAGCAAAACACCCGAGUGCCGAAAGUUCCUGAUCAAACUCAUGGACCAGCUGGAGUUGAUGAAGAAGGAUCUCGGUGACAAUGACUCCAUCAGUCAGGAGGUCGUCGGCAACGCCCACAUCGAAAACUACGCCUUAAAAAUGUUCCUCUACGCCGACAACGAGGAUCGAGCGGGACGAUUCCACAAGAACAUGAUCAAGUCUUUCUACACUGCCAGUCUGCUGCUGGAUGUCGUGUCCGUGUUCGGAGAGUUGUCAGAGGAGAACAUCCAGCACAGGAAGUAUGCCCGCUGGAAGGCCACCUACAUCCACAACUGCCUGAAGAACGGGGAGACGCCUCAGGCCGGGCCCAUCGCUAUGGAAGGGGAGGAGGACGGGGAAGCAGAUGAGUUUGGAGCCGCAGGUUUCUCAGGCCACGGUGGAUCCUUCAGGGCGGGUGCUCCGUCCGAGUCCUACGAGGACCAGGACAAGAGUUUGUAUCCGGGUCCGGCCCCUGGGAUCGGAUUUACUCCCAGUCCGGGAUCGGGGCCCUCGGGUCCGCCCUCCACCAACUACAACAACAUCCACAUCCCGCCAGGGGCCCACGCACCGGCCAACACGCCGGCCGAGCUGCCGCCGCCUGCAGCAGAAGGAGUGAAACCGGUGCCUUUGCCUCGGUCGGGCCCGACUGUCGACCCCUCACUGCUCAACGCCCAGCAGCAGGGCGGCGUUCACCUCACGGCGGAGGACUUCACCAAGGCCCAGAAGCUCUGCAAGUACGCGGGCAGCGCGCUGCAGUAUGAGGACGUGGGCACGGCGAUCCAGAACCUCCAGAAAGCCCUGACGCUCCUGACGACCGGCAAAGAAUGAAGCCUUUGUCCUCCUCCGAUCUGAUCCCUCCAUCAUCCCUCCUCCUUCCAUCCCCCUCUCUUCUCCCGAGCAGCACUGCUUGAACUGCCACUGAUGUGGCCCACAGCGAGCUGAGGACACACACACACACACACACACACACACACACACACACACACACACACACACACACACUGAGGCCGUCCUGUUCAGCUCGCUGUCAGAGGAGGACAUGAUGGAAAUCAGUCUGCAACAAUGGCUGCCAGUGUCUGACGCUGCGUCGCACUGACUCACUGACUGACUGAUCCACUGACUCACUCACUCACUCACUGACUCACUGACAAACUGUCUGACUCACUGACUCACUCACUGACUGAUUCACUGACUCACUGAUCCACUGACUCACUGAUCC